CCCGGUCACGCCCGUUUUUUCUAUAGCUACGUACGUACCGAAGCAGGCAAAGAAAGCUGUGUUUCUUAGUCUCAUGUAGCGUCCUACAUAUGGAGGAGGGAGACUCAGGAUCUCGAUCUCACUGUUGAGUGAGCUGCGGAGCCUUUUUAUGUGGUGUAGGCGGGGCAUCUCUGGGAAAGUCUAUGUCGAGUUUGUGUGCACUUCAUGAAGACAGAAGGUGAUGGUGUUGGUGCUGAGGAAGUUCCUGGAGACAUAUCAAGAGACACAGAGCAUCCUUUGUCUGUGACUGCAGUGACACUGUGCAGCCUGCUGCCUAGUCUCUCUCUCCUGAUCCUCCGCUCUCCUCAGUUCCUCCUGAUAUAUUUUCUGCUGAAUUUUACACAUCAUUAUCAAACUUUUCAUGUGUACCUCCUUCCUCUGUAGCUCUUCCUGUAAUCUCACUUGUAUUGUUUCUCCUUCCCCAACCAGUACAUAUGUCUCCCCGUUCUCCGGUCAACCGUGUCUCCUCUCACGUGACCCUUUGCACCUCCUCUUUUCUGCUAUGGAGUCUGCUCGCAGCCUUGCGAAUAGAUGUCUCUAUCCUGGUGCAGGUUGAGUCCAAUGUCAGGAGCUGUCCUGAGAUGCAAGUGUUCACCCCUGCUGUGUAUCCCUUGCCCUCCUCAUACAAGCGGAGCAACAGAGC